ACAAAGGUUGUCUGUCGGUUUCUGAUGUGUUAAUGGCGGUUAAAGUGUGGAAAGAGGCAGGCUGCAGUGGGGAGGUCAGUGUGUGGGUUCUGCAUAAUCUUCUUGGCUUUGGCCCCAUCUGCAUUCUGGUUUUGCAAUAAUCAUCAGAACACUGUAUUUCUUGAGCCAAAGCCUAAUUUUGCUCUAUUUUUCAGAGGAUUUUCUCAAGAAACUUGAAUUGGCUGAUUUCUCUGGCAGAUAGAGGCCUCAAGGAAUGAGAAUCUCCCAGCUCUGAAGCUCGAGUUCGUGAAGUUGUUUUGAUUUAUCUGUAUAUAUUUCCGGCUUUGAUCCCCAGAUAACGUGUUUCUGUAGUUUUUGGCAAUGGGGAUAAGUUUUGGCCUUAGGGAAGUUGUUAUAGUUUUACUUGUUUGGUCAUCCUUGGUUGGGUAUUCCGAACAAGCACAAUCCUUUGAAGUUCGAACACUUUUGAGGGUUCGAGAGCUUCUUAACUCCCCGGCUUCCUUGAGGAGCUGGAAUAACGAAACGGAUUUCUGCAAUGCUGAAACGAGUUCUUCUGUUACGGUUGUCUGCUAUGAAGGAAGCAUAACUCAGUUGCAUAUAAUCAGUGAGAAGGGUACUCCUCAAUUGCCCGAAAACUUCUCCAUUGAUGCCUUUGUUAGUAGCCUUGUUAAGCUCCCGAGCUUGAAGGUCCUCAAAUUAGUGUCUCUUGGUUUAUGGGGGCCAUUGCCUGGAAAAAUUUCGAGAUUAUCAGGGCUCGAGAUACUUGACCUGAGCUCCAAUUUCUUCCACAACGCCAUUCCCCGAGAAAUCUCAUCAUUGAUUAACCUCCAAACACUUAUACUCGAUGGAAAUAAGUUCACUGGCAGGCUCCCCGAUGGCCUCGGUUUGCUCUCAGAUUUGGCGGUUUUGAGUGUGAAAAACAAUUCUUUCAGAGGCCCCCUGCCAGACACACUCGGGGAUUUGCAAAAUCUUCGGAUUCUUGCACUGUCAAGGAACAAUUUUACAGGCAAUGUUCCUGAUCUUAGCAAUCUGGAAAACCUUCAAGUCCUCGACUUGGAAGACAACUCUUUCGGACCCAAGUUUCCACUCUUUGGCAGCAAAAUCGUAAGCCUCGUGCUUAGGAGGAACAGGUUCACUUCUAGCAUUCCCGAGAAUGUUCAAUCCUGUCAUCAGCUCGAACACCUCGAUGUUUCUUCCAAUGGACUUAUCGGGCCAUUUCCAUCAUCAUUACUAUCUCUUCCAUUAAUCAGUUAUCUAAGUAUUGCAGAAAACAAACUCACAGGAAUGCUUUUCGAAAAUCUGCCCUGCAAUUCUGCACUAAAUUUCGUGGAUCUGUCUGCUAAUCUGUUGUCGGGGAGAUUGCCUAGUUGCCUUCAUAGCGGUUCCAAGACCAAAGUUGUGCUUUAUACCGGAAACUGUCUAGAAACUGGAGACAAAAAUCAACAUCCAGUCUCCUUCUGUAGGAAUGAAGCUUUAGCUGUGGGAAUUAUACCUCGCCAUCAUCGUAAAAAGAUGGGUUCUAAAGCAAUUCUUGCCUUGAGCAUAUGCGGGAGCGUUAUUGGAGGUGCCAUACUACUUGCUGUGGCCUUUUUAGUUGUCGGAAGUUUUCGUGCAAAGAAGACUGUCCGGAAAACCCCCACGAGAUUAAUAAUGGAAAGUGCAUCAACUGCAUACACCUCAAAGUUGUUCUCAGAUGCAAGGUAUAUUACUCAAGCAAUGAAGUUAGGGUCACUUAGCGUUCCAUCUUAUCGAACCUUUUCAUUGGAAGAGCUUGAAGAGGCAACAAACAAUUUUGAUACAUCAACUUUUGUCGGGGAAGGAUCUACCAGUCAGAUAUACAGAGGCCGGCUGAGAGAUGGUUCGUAUGUUGCUAUUAGAUGCCUGAAACUGAAACGAAGCAAUAGCAUUCAAAAUUUUAUGCAUCAAAUCGAGUUUAUAUCGAAACUCAGACAUCAACACCUGGUUAGUGCGCUCGGGCACUGCUUCGAGUGUUACUUGGAUGAUUCGAGUGUCAGCAGAAUAUUUCUCGUCUUCGAAUAUGUACCAAAUGGCACCCUGAGGAGCUGGAUAUCUGACAAGCAUUCUAGACGGAGAUUAAACUGGGCACAGCGUGUUUCAGCUGCUAUAGGAAUAGCAAAGGGUAUCCAGUUCUUGCAUACCGGGAUUGUUCCUGGUGUCUUUUCAAACGAUUUGAAGAUAACCGAUAUUCUGUUGGACCAGAACCUCGUCGCCAAAAUUAGCAGCUUUAACCUACCCAUUCUGGAUGAGAGCACAGGAAAGGCCAGCCUUCAAGAUUUUCCCAGUGGUUCCAAGGAGCUUAAUGGUGCAAGGGAAAGAUGCAAUGAAAAGCUGGAUGUGUAUGACUUUGGUGUAAUAUUACUAGAAAUCAUUACAGGAAGGAGGAUAAAUACCAAGAAGGAUAUGAAGAUCCUUAAAGAACAGUUGCAAGCAAGCCUCACGGGCGAUGAUGCAUGGAGAAGGAGUGUGGUUGAUCCGAGGGUCAAGAAUUCGAGUUCAGAUGAAUCAGUGAAGACGAUGGUGGAGAUCUGCUACAGAUGUUUGCUCGAGGAUCCUGCAGAUAGGCCGUCGGUUGAGGAUGUGUUGUGGAAUUUGCAGUUUGCGGCUCAGGUCCAAGACGCGUGUAGGGGAGAUUCUCAGAGCAGCGAUAGCUCUCCCAUUUCGCCUUUUCAGCCUUCGCGCCAGAUAGCCAUUCGAUAGCAUGACAGGUGUUUUUGAGGAAGCAAUGGCUAUGGCUUUGUUUCAGAAGAUUGAGCUUUGUACUAAUGAAAAUGGUGAAUGCAAAUAGUUCUCAGUUUUGUACAAAACAACCAUUUGAUCUGCAGAAUAUAUAGACAGUAUCUUCAGCUUAUAUGUCACCAAUUAUAUUAGGCCA